AUGGAUUUGGACAGCGCGCUGGCAUCCCUGGCAACGCGACGUGGUGACGUGCCCAGCCUCCGUGCGCUGCGCGCCGCGCUGCCCGAGGCGGCGCCGAGGCUGCGCCGUAGCCUUCACCUGCUCGCGCCGCUUUGCUGCUCCGGCGACGCGGCGCUGGCCGAGGAAGCCGAAGCUCUGCUCGCGGCUCUCGCGCCCGAGGAGGCAACCUUUGCAGGAGGCGCGCGGCGCUUCUCCUGGCGAGGUGUCGAGGUGGACUUCUACGAGCUGGAGGAGGAUCCGCAGACCGACCUGCUUUUUGGCUACGGCCUCUGGCCGGUGGCCUCCAGCCUCGCCAAGCUGCUCACCAACGCCGCGCUGGACGAGGAGGACUCAGAGGUGCAGGGCCACCCGAUACCCUCCGUCAAGGCCAAGUCGAUCUUGGAGAUCGGAGGGCUGGCGUGGGCCUGCCCUCGCUGGUCUGCCGUGCAUUGGGUGCCGCGCAGGUGA